AUGUCCACAUUUUCCCAACCAGCAGUUAAACAAUCCCCUAACCACUUCCUUAUUUCCAGUAAUAAAGAAGCCUUAUUCACUUGCAAAACCUCCACCUGCAUAUCCCAGCAUAACAACAAACCCCUUUUACUCCCCUCAGGUUCCACAAAACAGAAUCUAGAGUCAAUCCCCAGUUUAGAACAAAAAUUAAGGGUUCCACUCUUUGCUUAUCUGCUUUGCUUAUCUGCAGGGGUUGCACUUCUAUGGGAGUAUGCUGUAGGUCUGGCCUAUCAUUCUCUUGUGAUACAGAGAUGUCAGGAUUUGGUUCUGCCUCUCUUUGACCUGAAGAUGAAGUUGGCGCAUUAUGUCUGCUUGGAGAAGGAUCGCUAUUGUUGUUGGUCAUUGAAGUUCCAGAGGUGGUACGCCAAGCUUCUGAUUUUCGAAGGAAUAUCAGUGUCUAGGCUAUUAGAUUAUACAAAUGUUCACUGCCUCUUGCCAUGGUGGGAAGAUGCCACUGUAAAUUUUAUGCCUUAG